AAUUAAUACAAUUAAGCCAUGCAACCGCCUUACCGCCGGAACAUCCCUAGAUACCAAACCAGGAGAUCGUCGAGUGGGUGUUGUUGCAAAUGCAUAUGCUUCUUUUGCUGCUUCCUCUUCCUUCUCGUCCUCGCCUUGGGCGGCAUCGCUUUCUAUGUGUACACCGUCUACAAGCCCAAGAUCCCCUCCUAUAACGUUAACGGCCUCGACGUCAAAAACUUCGAUGUCCAGAAGGAUUUUAGCCUCAAGACCGUCUUUAUCGUCACCGUCACGGCCGACAACCCCAACUCCAACAUCGGAUUCAUUUACGGCAAGAACAGUUCUGUCGUCGUCACCUACGCCGACUCCAUUUUGUCCUCCGGGAAGCUGCCGAACUUCCACCAAGGAGCGAAGAACAUGACGGUGAUGAAGAUCCGGAUGGAAGGGGUUAGCGAGUUCGGGUCGGGCAUCCAGCAAGCUUUUCAAGAGAAUAAAGAGACCGGGAAGAUACCUCUGCUCGUGAUGGUUAAGGCGCCGGUCAAAGUGGUCUUGGGGAGCUUUGCGUUCAGGGAAGCCAUUGUUUACGUCAACUGCUCCCUCGUCGUCGACAAUCUCCAACCGGGGAAGAAGGUUGGCAUUGUAAAGUCCGAAUACUCCUUUGAUGUUUCCUUCUGAUGGCAAAUGCUUCCUCGACAAUCAUUUUUCUACCAUCAAAUUCAACAGAAUAUUCUCUAAGUAUGAUUAUAGGCAUGCAAGGAAAAAGUUCAUAAAUACAAUUUUUUUUAUAUCGGUGACAAUUCAACUAUGGUAUCCAUUUAAAAAUGAGGCAUCGUAGCUAUGACUCACUUGACUUGUCCAAAUUAUCAUAUCAUUCUCUAUUUACAUGUAAAUUAUUC